AUGCGGCUCCGGCUCGUGGCGCUGGCGGCGGCCGUGCUGCUGGCGCGGGCUCCGGCCCCGGAGGUCUGUGGGGCUCUCAAUGUCACCGUGUCCCCUGGACCCAUGGUUGACUACCUGGAGGGGGAAAAUGCUACUCUCCUCUGUCACGUCUCCCAGAAGAGGCGCAAAGACAGCUUGCUGGCGGUGCGUUGGUUCCUCGCCCGUGCUGGCUCCCACGAGGCCUUGAUAGUGAAGAUGACCAAGCUCCGGGUCAUUCAGUACUACGGGAACUUCAGCAGUCUUGCUAACCGGAAGAGGAUGCUCCUGUUUGAGGAGAGGCGAGGGCUGCUCUACAGCCUUUCUAUCCUGACCCUCAAGCCAGCGGAUCAAGGGCAAUACAUUUGCAAAGUACAGGAAAUCAGCAAGCACAGAAACAAGUGGACGGCCUGGUCUAACGGCUCCUCGGCAACAGAAAUGAAAGUGAUUUCCCUCGAGGCUUCUGAGGAUUCAUCAUUUGACAAAAAGAAAGAGACCUGGGCGUUUUUUGACGAUCUCUACCUGUACGCCGUCCUCGUGUGCUGCGUGGGCAUCCUCAGUGUCCUGCUCUUCACGCUGGUCAUCGCCUGGCAGUCUGUGUUUCACAAGAGGAAAUCCAGAGUGAGACAUUAUUUGGUGAAAUGCCCUCAGAACAGCUCGGGGGAGACUGUCACCAGUGUGACCAGCUUGGCUCCGCUGCAGCCACACAAGGGCAAGAGGCGGAAGGAGAAAGCAGAUAUUCCUCCUGCGGUCCCGGCCAAAGCUCCCAUAGCCGCCACAUUCCACAAACCCAAGCUGCUGAAGCCACAGAGGAAAGUCACCCUGCCAAAGAUUGCUGAGGAGAACUUGACAUAUGCUGAGCUGGAGCUGAUCAAACCGCACCAGGCUACCAAGGACGUCCCCGCCAGCACGGUGUAUGCGCAGAUCCUCUUUGAGGACAGGCUGUAGCUCUGCCUCCUCGUCUCUGGUUCUGUUGCCUCUGCCACCCUUAUGUAUGGUACUCAGAAACAAAAGCCCUAUUUUUGUACUUUAACGUGUGCCUUAGGUGUGGUGGGAGAGCCCUCCACCACAGUAUUCCAGUGUCUUCCAAGUGGUAUGGGACUGCUUUCCCCAAGUAAGAGGGGUCAUAGCCCUUGGGCAUGCCUCUGGGGGCAAUCAGUCCCUGGCCUGACCCUGAGGUAUGAGAACUGAGCCCCAAGGGCACCUGAGGACAUUGUGUGCUGAGCCAACCCCCUCACCUCUCCUCUUCCCUUGAGUUUUAGUUAAUUUGUUAAAAUAUUUUUUAAAAAACCUUAAUCUUAGUCUUCCACCCUUCCUGUGUGUGUAUGAUGCCAAGCCCCCAGUUUACAGCCACAGGAAAUGCCAACAGAGGAUACAGGAUAAGGCCAGAGGGCACGUGUAGUCUCACAGGUUCUCUGAUGCUCAGAUGGCAUUGCUAGGCACCUGGAGCAUUGCCAAGUGCUGGCUGGCAAUGAUGGCAUGCAGCUGUCAUGGUGGCAUCCAUUGUUUUAAAUAGAUGCCCUGAUGCUGGCUCUGGAAGGGCAGAGGGGCCGAUGAAGGGAAGUCUGAGGUCUGUCUCUGAAAACCGGGACCUCUUUUUAUGCCAUGAUUGCCUGAGGCUUCAGGUCCAGGAUACCAUUCUAGAGUGUUCCCUGCCCCCGCCUUCAGCAGAGUGGACCCAGAGACACUACAAAGCAAACUGUUUACCUUCAUCCAAAGACACAAGUGUGCCACCAAUGGGCACUCUGGACAAGGGAGCCUCUCCAAAGUGUGCCAAGCUUGAUCGCUUCGUGCUCAAUGCCCAUGGUUAGAAAGGUUUUUGUCUGAGUUCCCCCUCCAAGGGUGGAGGAGAAAAACACGUAGUGAAGACCCUCCUCUGGCCACAUGCCUUGCCCAUGUCAACCUUGGAUGUGAAAUCUCACGGGGUUAGGUGGGAGUCAGGGUUACAUGUGAUAGACUCCGUGAGGCAAGUUUCUCUGGGGACCUGCGCAAUGUCCAGGAAUCUUGGAUUUUGCUAGAAAGAGAUCUGUUCUGAUAGCCAUCCUGCCUCUGUUGUGCAUGUUUCACGAGGAGAGUGUACUCGGGCAGCCAUUUACUGCAUCCCAUAGAAAUUAACCAUGUAAUUUACCAUGUAUAUACGAUAAAUUAUCUAUUUUAAACAAA